AGAUGAUGGAGCUGCUGACUGGAGAGGUUCCUGUAAGGUGUCAGGAUGUGGUGGUCUAUUUCUCCAUGGAAGAGUGGGAGUACAUAGAAGGACACAAGGAUCUGUACAAGGAGGCCAUGAUGGAGGCUCCCCGGCCUCUGACAUCACCAGAAAAUCUCAAGAAUUCUGAGGAAAAUGUCAUAUUAACAGUAGACUAUAAAGAAAAAGAUGAAGAUAUCGGGCAGCGCUCUUCAGAAGAAAACCUAAUUACCUGUAAUGUACAUCAAGGACUUAACUGUACAGACCCGUCAUAUAAUUCUCCUAAUCAUGAGGAACCUGCUCCUGACCAAUCACAGAAUGUUACCACAAUUAUUGGGCAGAAAGGGGGUAAAAAGUUUAAUUGUGGGGAAUGUGGAAAACACUUAAAAAACAGAUCCACUCUUAAUGCCCACAGAAAAAUUCACAUUGGAGAGAAAGCAUUUUCAUGUCCAGAAUGUGGAAAAUGUUUUGCAAAUAAAGGAAAUCUUAUUAGACAUGAGGGAAUUCACACAGGAGAGAAGCUAUUCCCAUGUUCAGAAUGUGGAAAAAAUUUUGCAAAUAAAUCAAGUCUUAUUAUACACGAGCGAUAUCACACAGGAGAGAAGCCUUAUAAAUGUUCAGAAUGCGGGAAAUGUUUUAAAAGGAAAUCAGAAUUUGUUGCCCAUCAGAGAAAACACACAGGAGAGAAGCCGUAUUCAUGUUCAGAAUGUGGGAAAUAUUUUAAAACAAAAGCCAUACUUAUAAAACAUCAGAGAAUUCACACUGGAGAGAAACCAUUUUCAUGUUCAAUAUGUGGGAGCCGCUUUAUAUGUAAAUCAAGUCUUACUCAACAUGUGAGAACUCACACAGGAGAGAAGCCAUUUGCAUGCUCAGUGUGUUCAAAAUGUUUUUCUAAAAAAUUCAGUCUCCUCAUACAUGAGAGAAGUCACACAGGAGAGAAGCCAUUUUCAUGUUCAGAAUGCGGGAAAGGUUUUACAAAUAAAUCAGAUCUUGUUAAACAUCUGAGAUAUCACACAGGAGAGAAGCCGUAUCCAUGUUCAGAAUGCGGGAAAAGCUUUGUUACAAAAACAAAACUUAAAGAUCAUCAGAGACUUCACACAGGGGAGAAGCCAUAUUCAUGUUCAGUAUGUGGGAAAUGUUUUGCAGAUAAAUCAUAUCUUAGUAGACAUGAGGAAAUUCACAUAGAUAGAUCAAAUGUAAUUAUAUAUCAAGAAGGUCAAACUGUGCUACUGCAAGUGCUAUAAAGAUAUAUUGAGUUUUAUUAUACAUCAGAGAAUUUACAGGAGUGAAGCCCUUUUCAUGUCCAGAAUGUAGAAAAUGUUUUACAAGUUAGUCAAUUCUUGAUGUAUAUCAGAGAUUUCAGACAGGAGAGAAGCUAUUUACAUGUUCAGAAUGUGGAAAAUAUUUUAGACAAAAGUCAAGUCUUGUUGCACAUGAGAAAAAUCACAUAAGAUAAAUGAUUUUGAUGUUCUUUAGGUACCAUAUGUUUUACGACAUCAUAAAAUCAAAUUUUGAAACUCACAUAGAGAAAGAAAAAAAAUAAUUUCGAUUAACCUGAGUUCAACAGUGAUCAGGAUCAAUGGAAGAAAAGUAUUGUGGAUUUGAGGAAGAAAAUAAGAGCCUUGUUUACUGUAGAGCAGUGAAGAUGAAUUGUCACAAUGAACCUUGCUUCCUACUGUAUUCAUACCUCGACUCCAGGCUCGGACUCACCCACAGGGAAACAGGUGAAUACCUCGGUGGUCCACUGACAAAGAUGGGCCCUCAGUAACCCAUUACAGCCUCUCAGCCAGCCUACAUCCAUACAACUCAGUGGUUAAGGUGAUUUCUCGGUACAAAAGCAAGCCAGACAGCAUCAUUUUCCCCCAGGGACCCAACUUCUCAAAGUUUUUGCAGGAAUCACCAUAAUGAAUCAUCUUGAGCGUCUUAUUGCUGCCUGCCGCUAUGUGAGUAGGUAAUAUUUGCAUGUAGCUGUACAGUGGGCUUCCAGAAUGAAUUUUACUGGUGGGCUCUAGGCACCCUCGUCUGACACUGUUCCACCCACACUGCAGGAGAAUUCAGAGGAACAUAGCAAAAAAGGAAGGACUUCCCUUAGAGACUUUUAGGUAACAUAGGUGGACAUAUUGAUAUUUUUAUAUUCAUUUGUACAGUAUAGAAAGAUAAAGGUGAUGGGGAAAAUAAUAACUUAAAUUUGUAAUAAUUUGUUACACAAAAUAUUCAUAGAUCUACCAAAUCCUUCUCUGCCUUGAAUACCCAGCGAUGUCCCUUUGGCAAAAUCAACCUACAGCAGGUGUUUAUUAAAGAGUCUUAUUCACAUACUAUAUGUGUAUUUUGGUCAGUAUGUAAUGUCCGUAUUUCUAACCCUAACUUAGGAGUAGGUCUAAAACAUGGAAAACAUGACCAUAUCUUAAUUAAAUUCUACUCUGUCUAUGUUCUAUUCGCUUACAAAUAUCAUGUUACAAAUGUUACAAGCAACAGGGGUCUACAUCAUGUUCAUCUGGUUACUAGUUUUGUUUGAGCGUUAGCCUUGUAUCUGAAUCUGUGUGUGGUUAUUGCCUUCUCUGAUUGAUAAGGGUGGAGUCGCUGAUAGAUGAGCCUUUUAUAUAUCCAGACUUUACUCCAUUCUAGUUAUUGGUAUAGUGUUUGCCAUGUGCAUUUUUGUUCUAGUCCUGUGUGUUUUAUGUUUAUUCUGGGAACUGUAUUUCCACCAUUUCUUGCUGCGUUUUAUUUUUGUCUGUUGCUUUGCUGUAGCUUUGUCCUGGCUGAUUUUUUUUUUACUUAAAUUCAAAUAGAGUAAGUUCAAUAUUGCCUCUUUUCUGCUCACUAUCAUUCAUUCACUAUCUUCACAUGUGCCACACAUCUGCCACCCACUCCAUUGAUGGAUUAUCUCCUUCUGUGACCCACAGCAUUCAGUUCCUAUCCACCGGUGAUUUUGUUUCAGUGUCAUGUUUUUUGCCAGUGUUGAAACAUGUUUCAUUUGUGAUAUGUUUGCAACUGUCUGUUGGGCAGUUCAGCCCUUCUUGGUACCCAUACCCCAAGGACUUCCAGAUCUAUUGUUAUCUAUUGGACUGGCAAAGGUAAAUUCCAGUUCUGCAGUCUGUGUUGUUGCCAAUACAAAAUACCAAAAGACACAGAUGUCAAUGAGGCCGUACUGUCUACUGGUCUCUUACAUGUGAGGUGUUGUUUCCUAUUCUUCCAUGAAUAAGCAUAACAUUCUUAUAAAGGCUAAGGAUUACUAGAGUGCACAAGGACUAAACAUUAAAGUAUAAAGCUUUAAUACAAAAACUGUAUAAUUGUGUUACUAUCCACACAGCAGGGAUUUUACAUGAGCCGGUCCUGACACAAUGAUCUCCCAUCAACC